AUGUUAAGCAACUAUGUUCGAAUGGCAGUUAGUCAACUUUCGGAAAAUAGCUUCUCAAUAUUAUCCCAGUUCGCAGGAAUAUCGAUUAAUGGAAAACUGCUGGUUGAAACUAGUCUGAGUGACGACAAGACUGAUUACAACAAGGGUCCAUACAAUGUCCUGCAAUUAUUCCGCGAGAACCGAUGGAUUCAUACUGGGGCUGUUAUCGAAGCUUAUCUCGGUGUCGAUCAGGCUAGUAUAAUAUCGAUUGUUGAUGUCCUUAAGAAGGUCGGUUAA